GACUUCCUCACCGAAGCACAAAUCUUCUGCCACCGAUGUCGCAGAAGGUCGCAAGGCCUUCGGACGAAGGAGUUGUUCGCAGCUCAGUGGUACCUCCGCCCUGCGAAUGAAGGCACUGGAGACCCAGAAGAGCUUCACGCGCCCCAAGUUUUGGGUCUUAGCCUUCGGCUGGUUCUUGGCCUUCUGUGCAGGGAUGGUGAACACUGUGUCCUUUCGCAUCUGGGGCGUGUAUGUCUCUCACAUGACCGGCACCUCCACCGCCAUCGGCUUACGCCUGGAGGGCUUUCAUCACGACAAGCAUGAGGAUGACAUCCUCAUCCAGGCCCUUUUCCUGGUGCUCUCAUUCGUGUUGGGCUCGUUUACCUGUGGCUUGCUCAUUGACAAGAACCAGGUGCACUUUGGAGGCAAAUCUCUGUAUGGGGUCGCCUUGCUCGGAAAUGCCUUGCUGCUGGGCAUCGCCGUGCUGGUGUCUAAGCCGACCUUGAGUGGCUGCUUGUCCGCGGGCGCCUGCGGCUUGCAGAAUGCGAUGUGCACCUCCCACUUCGGAGCAGUGGUUCGGACCACGCAUGUGACGGGAACUCUCACGGACAUUGGUUCCACACUGGGGCGCUUGGCCAUGAUGCACUUGCGCAGAGGUUGCCGAAGGUCUCGCAUGAACAUCCUGGACAAGGCCGAGGUGGGCGUUGAUCUGAAGAAGCUCUUGGUGCUGCUGCCCAUGUGGAUCGCCUUUGUCCUGGGCAGUACCCUGGGUGCCUACUGCGAACAUGAGCUGGGGCAAUACGCUUUGCUCAUCCCGGCCAGCUUCACACUGAGCUUGGGUCUGGUCUACACCUUGUUGAGGUCUUUGCUGAAGGAAACCAUCAAGCGCUUUGAACAGGAACGCUUGAACGAGAAGAUCAAAGAGGUACAGUUGGCCAUAGUGCGGACGGGUUCCAGGCUCGCGGGACAAAGUUCUGAGAACCUGCAAGAGAUCGACGAAGAGAUGGGAGAGAUGUUGGAGGUCUUGUCAGAGGUAGAUGGUUGCGUCAGCAACCUCUGCGAUACACCUCGAGCCCAUUCAGAAAUGGGAAUGGAGCAGAGCACUGCAGAUGAGAAGGCGGUUGAGCCACCUGUCAGCCCACAUGAAUCCCUGUGA